AUGACCAUCUCACAGAACUCCACAGAUCCCAGCCCCUCUAAUGGCUCAAAAUUUAUCAACCAUGAAGAGAACCAGUACCUUGACCUCGUUCGGGAAAUUCUUGAGAGCGGCGAGCGUCGACCAGAUCGCACCGGUACAGGAACAUACUCGAUCUUCGCUCCUCGACCUCUAAAAUUCGCCCUCAACAACAACAGGACCCCCAUUCUCCCCCUCCUUACCACGAAGCGUGUCUUCACCCGCGCCGUCAUUGCCGAGCUCCUCUGGUUUAUCGAGGGCAACACCUCUUCCAAGAGUCUCAGCGAGGCCGGUAUUAAGAUCUGGGAUGGAAACGGCUCGCGCGAAUUUCUCGAUAACCUUGGUCUUCAACAUCGUGAGGUCGGCGACCUGGGUCCUGUAUACGGCUUCCAAUGGCGGCACUUUGGCGCUGAGUACGUCGAUGCCAAGACGGAUUACACUGGCCAGGGCGUAGACCAGCUUGCCGAGAUCAUUCACAAGCUACGAACCAACCCUUAUGACCGCCGUUUAGUUCUUUCUGCCUGGAACCCUGCCGACAUGAAGAAGAUGGUUCUACCACCUUGUCACAUGUUUGCCCAGUUCUACGUAUCCUAUCCCCGAAGCAAAGACAAGAGCUCAGAAGAGAAGCCCCAAGGACACCUUCACUGUCAGUUGUACCAACGAUCUUGCGAUAUGGGUCUGGGUGUCCCCUUCAACAUUGCUAGCUACGCGUUGUUGACACACAUGAUGGCACACGUCUGUGAGCUGGUCCCUGGAAGCCUCACCCAUGUCAUGGGUGAUGCUCAUGUGUACCUCGAUCACGUUGACGCCCUCAAGGUCCAGCUUGAGCGCGAGCCUCGAAGCUUUCCUGAGUUGGAAAUUGCCAGAGAAAAGGGUGGAAGCAUUGAUGGAUGGAAGGCAGAAGACUUCACCGUCAAGGGAUAUGACCCCCAUAAAACAAUUGCUAUGAAGAUGUCUGUAUGA